UGGAGCAAUAUACUUGACAAAUGACAACUAUAUAUAUCUUGGAAUAUAGAGACAUAUUAUAUAUUGGGUAUACAGUAUACUUGAUUGGAUUUUAAUAAGCCAAAAAAGGAAAGUUGAAAAAUUAGAGAUGGGAUUGGACGAAGAAGCGCGUGCACGAGCAGAAGUGUGGAACUACGCGUUUGGGUAUAUAAAUUGCAGGGUAGUCAAGUGCGCCGUCGAGCUCGAGAUUCCGGACAUUGUGAGGAAGCAUGCAGGCGCCGGCGCCGGCGGCCCAGUCUCCCUCUCUGAGCUAUCAUCCGCUGUGGGCGUCCCCACCGAACCCCUCCACCGCAUCAUGAGAUUCUUGAUCCACCACCGCAUCUUCAAGACAUCUCCUCCGCCGCCGCAUGCCGAGUCCUCCUCCUCCGACGAGGUUCACUACGCUGCGACGCCGCUUUCGGGGCUUCUGACGAGGGACAACCUGGCGCCGUUCAUGCUGCUUCAGGGGACGCCGCCGGGGCCCAACCGCGGCAUAACGCCGGAGGCCCUGCGGACCGGUAGGCGCCCGGAUUUGAAGUCCGUCAACGGGGAGGACACGUGGUCGGUGCCGGACUUCGGUUACCACAUGAAGGUUUUCACCGAUUCCAUGGCGGCCCACGCUAGGGUUGCGACCCAGGCGGUCAUCGAUAACUUCCCGGAGGGUUUCGAAGGAAUAGAAACCCUCUUGGACGUCGGCGGCCGCCAUGGAAUGGCACUGAGCAUGCUGGUCAAGGCAUUUCCAUGGCUCCGCGGCACUGUUCUCGAUCUCCCCAAAAUUGUCGACCACGCGCCGCCUCUUGAAGGGAUCCACUUCGUCGGAGGAAGCAUGUUCGAAAAUAUCCCAAACUCCAAUGCAGUUAUGCUCAUGUGGAUAUUGCACGACUGGAGCGACGAAGCGUGCAUCGACAUCCUGAAGAAAUGCAAAGACGCGAUUCCGAAAGAUACCGGGAAAGUGAUGAUUGUGGAAGCCGUAAUAGACGAAGAUGGAGAAGGAGACGAGUACGCGGGUGCUCGUUUAUCGUUGGAUAUGGUUAUGAUGUCGGUUAUGGUGAAGGGAAAGGAGAGGACUUACAAAGAAUGGGCAUAUCUUCUUGAAGAGGCUGGCUUUAGUAGGCACAACGUCGUAAACAUCAAAACCGUCGUUUCCGUGAUCGAGGCCUACCCUUAAUAUAUGUCUGAGUAUGUGUAGAAUGUAGAUCUACGGUAAUAAAUUUAGCUGGUGAAGCAUUGAUCACCAGGUAAUAGAUAGAUCUACGGUAAUAAUAUGUAUUAGGGUUUGAUGUUGUGUGAUUCCAUUUUUAUUAGUUACAAUCUAAGGUGCGUAACAUGUUAUGCAGCCGAAGAUUGAAAUACAAAAUGGGAUAGAGAAAUUGGAAUGUAUGAAUGAUUAAUUAAUGCAUGU